CUACGACAUACCAUCAUUCGACGACGACGAGCUCUGCAAAUUCGGCGAAAUUGAGAUCUGCCCGGAGCGAGGGAGAGCACAUAACUAGAAGACAUCGCCGGGGCCACAGAAUCGAGUCGGACGAGAUGUACCGAGCGUCGACGCCUGUGUUCGACGUCCCCGAGUUCCCGUCGAUGCGGCGGGUGAAGCCGCUGCCCAAGCGCCGCCGGGUGACGAUGGAGCCCCUGCCGCAGGACGUGCCGCCACACGACGCCGACGACGAGCUGGACAGCCUCUCCGCGCAGAUGGCGCUCCAGUCGUACUACAUGCCGAUCCUCGGCGGCGUGCAGGACCUCCUGCUCAAGUCCGACUUUGGCGCGGGCGCGCUGGAUGUGUUCGGGGAUGCGCGGGAGAGGGACGGAGCGGACAGGGGCAGGGACAGGGACAGGGAUGGCGGGGAGGAGGACGAGCAGGGUGACGGGGACUAUGUCGACCACCUGCAGCAGCCGGGGAACACGAAGAAGCGGAAGGUGCCCGCGAACGCGCAGGGCUCGGCACACCGCGGGCUCGACGCAAGCCCGGCGCAGUCGGGCGAGGAGGAGGAGCUCCCCGACCGGGGCGCCGCGCGCGGGGACGCCGCGGACGUUGCGGAGCUCGAGCGGGCGGGGACGCCCGCGCCGGGCGCCCUGUCGCUCGCGCAGAAGAAAGGGCGGCUGUCGAAGGCGACAAAGGUCGGCCUCGCGCACAAGGAGCUGCUGCGGCAUCGCAGGCGGCAGCUGUCGGCCGUGCUCGGCGCGCUGUCGCUCGGGGACACGCUCGCGCUCGACCAGGCGCUGUCGGCGAACUACCCGUUUGCGAAUCGUGCGCCCGGGGGCGACCCGAAGAGCACCCCGCCACCCAAGGUGCGGCCUUCGCGCCGGAAGGCGGCAAGGGUUGCGCGUGCGCUGCGGGUGUUGAAGGAGAAUGUGCCCGCGGCGCUGCAGCGGCAGGAGCGUGCUUUGCCCGAGGCAGAGUUUACUUUUGAUUGUCAUAGUGCGACGUCUGAGAGGCUGGUCGCGACAAAGGAGGAAGUUGCUGCGCUGCACGCUCGUUUCGAAGUCGAGCUCGCGCGGCAGGCUGCAAAGGCAGCCGAAGCGGCAAAGGCGGCGGCUUCGUCUCUGAGCAAGGCGAAACGGACCGAACGUUCUAAACAGCGGGCGCGCACGGCCAAGGCCACGGCUGCGAUCGACCAAAAUAACUCGUCCUCCGUGGACUCUGCGCUCGCGAACGGGGUGCCCAACAAGCCGCGCACGAAGAAAAAGAAGCGGAGCGCGCUGGCGAACGCGUCGAACCCGCACCACCUGCGGAACUACGUGCCGUCGCGGCUGCCGCACUCGGGCGGGGGGGCCGCCGCGCAGGCGGGCGCGAACGCGCAGAGCUUCGUGAGCCCGCCGCCGCUGCGCUUCCUGGCGGCGGAGAUCCCGCCGCGCCGCCGGAAGAAGUCCGAGGUUACGCCCGCGGCGCUGCCGACGAACCCGGCGGACGAGUGGAUCUGCCCGUUCUGCGAGUACGACCUGUUCUACGGGGACGAGGCGAGGUUCAGGAGGGCGGUGCGGAAUCGGAAGACGAUUCUGAAGCGGAGGAGGAGGGCGCGGGAGCGGGCGGCGGCGGCGGCGAGCGGGAAGGGGAGCGCGCGGGCGCCGGAGAAGAAGGAUGCUGUGGACGACGAUGUGAACCCCGGGUUUGCGCCGCCGCACGCGGACGUGCCCGCGGAGAAUAAGUGGACGGGGGAUGGGGGAGGGGCCGCUGACGACCGGGGCGGGCGAUUGCAGAACAGCGCUGGAUUAGGAUAACGCCAGCCAGCUUGGUGUCAGGCUGAAGAACGGACACUCUCUCAUUCUAGGGAACAUGUUUUCGCUGUCAUUCGUUUUCUCAUUGCAUUGUUUGUUUUGGAUAAUCGCACUAUCGUUGUUCAUCGCACGCAUGCAUCUGCUAUUGGAGGACCCCCG